UUAAAACAAGUGCGAUUUAGGGCCAUAGGUUUAGUCUUGAGUAUCCUGUGUUUUCUGUAGUCAUUUUCUACUGCAAAACGACCCUAUCAGACGAAAGAAAGGAAGACCAGGUUUUUGCUGAACCAGUCAAAUGAAGGCUAGAUUCUGUUGUGAUCGUCAGACUUUAAAGAUGAGCAUCUGGCUGAUGAUGAUCUGGGUGUCUCACACUGUGGGAACAGCAACAAAGGCCUUUGUUGUAACACAGUGGCCGACAGUGGCUGAGGUGAUGGCUGGAGAAGAUGUCAUUUUAAACUGCAACAUUGCAGAGCUGUACUCCUCCUGUUCAACAGUGGCUUGGCUGAGGGUCAUUCCCGAGAACGCAACGAUCAGCCUGACCGACAGACUUCAGAUCGAUCCUCAUCACUUGUCCAGCCAGUGGACCAGUAUUUGUACUGCUGUUAUCACCAAUUCAACGGUGCAUGACUCCAGUAUGUACUACUGCGCAGCUGUGAAAAGCCGCUUUGCUCACAUCGGUAAUGGAUCCAGAGUCAUUGUGAAAGAACACACUGUGUUUCCUGUUAUUGAUAUUCUUACUCCGCUGAUCACAAACGGUCCUUUGGUCCCUCUUCAGUGUGUUGUGAACAUGGUCGAGACUUCUCAGGUUCAUAUGUUCUGGACUGUGGAGGGGAAAAAAGAGAAAGGACAGCCAGUUUUGACACAUGGGAAUGAUGGUGUCAUCCAGAUCACUAGGAGCCAGAUCCUGAUUACUGCUGACGAGUGGGAAAGGAAGGUGCAGUGUGUGUGUGUAGUGGAGUCUGGAGGACAGCUCUAUACCAAGACCCUUCAGCCACAUGAUGCACCAGAUGUGUGUUAUGCUGCAAAAUACAUAUAUCUGUCUGUCUGCUUAAUUUUCGGUAUCCUGCUUCUGGCAACAGUAAUUAUUUAUAGGUUGGGACGGAAAACCUUUUUGAUGAUAUGUCUAUGCAAAAACAUAUAGUUUCAAAGAGCUUUCAGUUUAUGUCCAUUAUUUUGCUUUAACACAUUUUUAUUCAUCAAACUUAUUUUGGUAUGUGCCAUUGCACAUCAGAUGAAAGAAGGCAACAGUUAGUAAUAUUUUGAUAUCUCUUCUCAAAAAGCAUGAGUAGUUCUGAUGUUUAUGUUCAGAUCGUUAUGGAUCUUUGAUGUUUUGAAUAGUGUUGUUUGUUUUGUGAAUUGAAAGGGUAAAUUUAUACUUUCAUCCAAUAUGUUCUGAACUUUGUUUAUUCCAAUAGAGUGAAUAAAAA